AACACAGAAGAAGAUGACGUAUUGCCAAUGAAGAUGAUGACGUCUUGCCAAUGUUGCAGACGGGCAUACUGGUCAGGCGAAGGGGGCGCCUGCAAAGACUGCUACGAGAGGUCGGAAGAAACAGUUGAGGAGCUUAAAGCCAAAAUUGCCUUCUUACGGAUUUCUUCUCCACUUGAUCACCGCGAUCAUGCAUCUUACACCGACGUCGUUUUGCUCGCUGCCUCCGACGACAGAACUUCUGAGUCCGCCGUUCCUGUCCUGGCUCAUAAGGCCAUUUUGGUGAAUCGUUCGCCAGUGUUAAAAGCCACGCUAGAGAAUGAGAUGGAAGAAAAGCAGACUGCAACCAUAGAGAUCACUGAUGCAUCACAUGAUGUUCUCUGUGAAUUUAUCAACUAUCUGUACACUGCUGAAAUAAGUCUUGAUGAGAAACUGGCCUGUGAACUUCUAGAAUUAGCAGAAAAUUAUGAUGUUGAGCAUCUUAAAGCCUACUGUGAGAAGUUCCUGGUGUCCAAAUUGAACUGGGAAAAUUCAAUCACGAGAUACGUAUUUGCACACCGACACAAUGCAGAACGUCUCCUUCGUGCAGCUUCAUCAUUGAUCACAAACAAUAUGAGCAACUUCAUUAAAAGAUCUGAGUAUAUGGAGCUUGUUGAAAAGGAGCCUUGCCUGCUUGUGGAAAUCUUCGAAACUUACCUCUCCAAACAGAUCAACGCUGUUCCCCAGAAAUUUCCACGGCUUGCCAGGUGGUCUGGCUUUCAUGUGUGA